AUGGAGGAAGAGACAAUCGCUCCGCGGCUGUCUAAAAAGCCGGCGACUAUCAAAUUUAUCGAGCAUGUGCGUAAAAAUCAGUGUUUGUAUGAUCAUAAUAUUAAAAAACAGUACGGUUCUGAUUUUGUUGAAAAUGUUUGGAAGAAAAUAGCCCAAGAUUGUUGUUUGGAAAAUGGAACAAAAGCUAAAAGAAAAUGGAUGUACCUUCGCGCAAGAUAUAAGUGCGGUUUAGUAAACCCAGCAAAAAAAUCAAACUAUCACCGUGAUCUAAAUUUUUUAUACUCCUUUGUACAAUCUAUCGACGUCGACGAAGACGAAGAAGUGCAGUUCCUAAUGAAAAAAGAGCCAGAGAAUGAUCACUAUGAAACGAUUGAGCGGGGAAACUCUUCUGAGAGAUUAAGAUCUUCGGAAUCAAGAAGAAAUAGGUCACGACACUUGUCUAAUGAAAAUCGUCUAUCAACAUCCUCUGGUCGUCAAUCGGUGUUUAACGAAUAUCAUUAUCCCUCUGUGCCAAUUUUCCCGCCCGGUGGAUCUCUGCAUAUUGACCAUGAAGAUGAGUUAAAGCCAUUUUUUGAAUCGUUGUAUCGCUCCACAAAAAAAUUGCCGCUAAUGCUGCAGAGACAUAUAAAGACCCAGUUUUUUGAAAUAAUCAGCGCCGCUGAAGCGAGUGCAACAAAUGGACAUACUGAGUGA